AUGCCCGAAGUGACGUUAUCACGAGGUAACGAGAACGUUCCGUCCCGGGAAACGAAUCCAGCUAGCGGACGCGCGAGCCCGCACCAUUCCCAGUAUCAGUCGCGCGCCCCGUACACGUUUCGAUCCGUGUCAUCGUUACGCGAAAGGCUAGCUAACCUUCCGAAUUUGUCAUGGAACACGAGUGAAACUGUCCUUGGCCCACGCGAUAUCUGUCACAGUCGCGAUCAUCCAAAAUACACGUACACUACGCCUAAAUCUUUCAGCUUCAUGCGGUUGGAGAUCAAAUGCGUUUUCAAGAGGUCAUCUUUGAGAUUUUCAACUUUCAAAUGCAUAUUCAAGACGUAAACCUGUA